GCUAACGCGUUAGCCUACUUUUCGUUUCCGUUCGAGAAUUUCUUAGAGCUGACCGUCCACGGGCUUCUUUGUGUUUUAUCGCUGCGUUGCUUUUUGCCUACUACUUUUUGCUAGGUUUAGCACUUUCUGGAAUUCAGCUUGUGGCCUGAUAGCUAUACUAUCACGUCGUGAUUUUGACAUUAAUUCUGCGUUCGUUUAUUUUUAAACGUAUGUUUGAUCGUGUUUACCUUUGUCAAUCAUUGCUUCCGCCUCAUCCUGAAAUGGCUGACAAUGAGCUCUCUUACUGCCCACCGUAAUUCGCCGUCCGCGCCUGUAAUUCGAAACGCUAACCCACCCGUUCGUUGCCGUAAACCUUGCGACAGCGAUUCUGUUACCAGGAUCGGUGACUUUUAAUCAGAUAAACCAAAGGUGUAUCAGGGUGUGAGGGUGAAGGCAACGGUCAAAGAGCUUCUGCAGAAGCGGAGAGCACUUCAAGCGGCAAUAAAAAGGGAGGCAAAGAUAUCUCAAAGUAUGGCGACUCAAGACGUUUCUUCCCCAUCAUUUCCUGCCUAUCACUUUGACGUUUGCCCUGGGAACUCCAUGCCAGACAGCAACAGUUUCCAGCCGCAGCAAUACACAGACAACGUUUGUAACAUCCCUGUAGAGACCAGUGGGAUCGACAAUCAGCAAUUUAUUAAUAUGAUGCUGCCGCCAGAGAAUUUCAGCAACAACUCACUUCCAGUGGCGUCUUCCGCGCAGUAUUGGAACCAGGGAAACUUCCCGUCGAACUCCGAGUACUACAACCAAGGAAUGGCUGCAAACUCUCCCUCAGACUCGAUGAACCUCCCCAGUCCCAUAGAUUACAAUAGCUAUUCCCCUCCUCAAAGCUAUUCUUCCUCAUCCUCCUGCUACAGCUCACCCACUCGGAUGGAUUCCAGUUUCAAUUUGGUCCCCGAAUUUUACCAUUUCCAGCACUGCAGUCCACAACACUGCUACUGUGUGUCGCACUGGUUCGGUCCCCAGGAAGAUUUGACAAAUCUUGAAUACACAGCUUAUUGCACACCAGACUCUGCCUACACGUCAGCAGUGGAAGAGAGCUAUUUCAGAAGGCCCUUAUCCAACUCUGAGAUGUGUUAUCUUUAGGACAUUUUUAUCUGUCACAUUUGAUAUUUUUUGUAGUAUCUGUAUACAGAUACGAGGUGUUUGUUGUUGCAACAUUUGUUUGAAUCUAAUUUGAAUUUUUUGUUGUUUACUUCAUGAAGUCCUGUCAGAAGUGUCGUCAAACUGCCUAUGGAUUGAACAAAGAGAUGGACAAAUGAAUGUAAUGCCACCUGUAUAAUACUCUUUUGUUGACAUAUUGAUAUUUUUUUUAUUGUGGAUAUUUCAAAUUUUGAACAAAAACAGGCGUAGAUUUCUUUAAAAAAAAUAAAAAUAUAUAUUUCUAAACAAUGGUG